CGUUCUCGACCCCUUAUGAUGGGGGCGAUUCCGAUUUCGGAACCUGUUUCUCAAACAUUGGAAUCCUGUUUCAACUCUUGUUUCUUCACGAUUUGUUGUUUGGGUUCGAAGGGGCUUGGAGUUCGCGACGAACAAAGGACGCAUAAUUUAGGUUAACAUCGAAACCCUCUUUCCCGUCAGCUGCUCUUUCUUAUCGCCGUCGCCGGAUAUUUUGGGUUUAGGGUUUAACAUAAGAAGUUUGACUCAAUAUCGUCGGCAUUGAAUUUGUUUGGCCUUUUCGGCAUUGUUGGCAAGAAAUUUGAAAAGCAACGGUAGAACAUGAAUGCCCCGAUCAUUGAUCCAUUGCAAGGAGAUUUUCCAGAGGUGAUAGAAGAAUAUUUGGAGCAUGGGGUCAUCAAAUGCGUUGCCUUCAAUCGUCGUGGGACUCUCCUCGCAGCUGGGUGUGCUGAUGGGAGCUGUGUAAUCUGGGAUUUCGAGACAAGGGGCAUUGCCAAAGAGCUUCGGGAUAAGGAUUGUGCUGCUGCAAUAACAAGCGUCUGCUGGUCAAAGUAUGGGCAUCGUGUGCUUGUGUCAGCAGCAGACAAGUCGUUAACUCUUUGGGAUGUCCUGUGUGGAAAUAAGAUUGCUCGGACGGUUCUUCAGCAAACCCCGUUACAUGCUCGCCUAAAUCCUGGCUUAACUUCUCCUUCGCUUUGCCUGGCAUGCCCUCUCUCGUCUGCUCCUAUGAUAGUCGACUUUGGCAUAGGUUGCACAACCUUGCUCCCAGUUACCGUGCCCGAGAUGGCAGAUGUGCUAGCUCCUUCUCAACGCCACAAAUGUUUAGAAGCAAAUCCUCCUUUCUCUCCAGCUGCAGCAUGCUUUAACAAGCAAGGGGAUCUUGUUUAUAUAGGAAAUUCCAAAGGAGAAAUACUUGUAAUCGAUUACAGAAGCGUCCGGGUUCUUGCUAUGGUUCCUGUCUCUGGUGGGGCACUGGUGAAAAACAUUGUAUUUUGUAGGAACGGGCAGUAUCUCCUCAUGAACUCCAACGAUCGCACCAUCAGGAUUUACGAAAAUCUUCUGCCGCCGAAAAACGCUCUUGCAGCCCUGGAGGAUUCAAACAAGGGCAUGGAUGGACUCGAGGGUGUCGAGAGAUUGAAAGCUGUCGGGUCCAAGUGCCUGUCAUUGUUCAGGGAAUUCCAGGACUCCAUUACGAAAGUGCACUGGAAAGCGCCUUGUUUUAGCGGUGACGGUGAGUGGGUUGUUGGGGGUUCUGCAAGCAAAGGUGAGCAUAAGGUCUACAUAUGGGAUCUAGCCGGGCAUCUUGUGAAAAUAUUGGAAGGUCCAAAAGAAGCACUGAUCGAUCUUGCUUGGCACCCUGUCCAUCCCAUUAUUGCCUCUGUUUCCUUGACCGGUCUGGUGUAUAUAUGGGCCAAAGAUUAUACCGAGAACUGGAGUGCGUUUGCUCCAGAUUUCAAGGAGCUCGAGGAAAAUGAAGAGUAUGUGGAACGGGAGGAUGAGUUCGAUUUGAUGCCCGAAACAGAAAAGGUGAAAGUAACUGACGUUAACGAAGAUGAGGAUGUCGAUAUACUGACUGUGGAAAAGGAUCCGUUCAGUGAUUCAGAUAUGUCGGAGGAGGAGCUCCGUUUCCUUCCAGCUGAACCAAUUCCAGACAUAAACGGGCAGAAAGAGAAGGGCGUUGAUAGCACAAAGUUACUCGAAACUCGUAACUCUGCAUCUCUUGCUUCUGAGGAGGCCGGGCAGAACGGAUAUGCGGCGAAUCACGCAUCGAGUCCGAUCAGAGAAGACGCGGGAGAGACUCGGCCGAGAAGAAAGCGGAAGCCAUCGGAGAAAGGCAUGGAGUUGCAGGCGGAGAAGGUUGGGAAGCCAUCGAAUGGUUCUAGCAGGCAGACGAGAGCUAGAAACAGAGCUGCACUCGGCCAAGGAUGUGACAACGGCAUAGAAGACGACGAUGCAUCGGAUUGACUUAGGGUACACCUACUAAUCCCUAACCGUGAUGAACGAUCUGGCAAGAAUCUUCCUUAUUUUUUUUUUCCGGGAAUUAGAUUUUUUAGGCGAGGUUGCAACAUUUUACGCUACUGCAGUGAUAUGACUGCAUUCAAGGAAGGACUUAGGAUAAGAUUUUUAUAUUAACAUCCGCCAUGUGAUAUUCUCCGAUUCAAGAACACGUACAAGCAACGCAGCAAGGCGAAGGGAGCGGGACAACAGAUCAUUCCGACCAAGGGGAUCACGUAGAUAAGUAGCUUUCGCAGUUUGGGUUUACUAUGACAAUUACAAAUGUUUGGUGUUUUAUGUAAAUUUCUGAAAGUAAGGGGUCAAAACCUGAGAGUAAGAGUUGUGGGGGUUUUGCUGAUUUCUUAAGAUUUCAAGGUCUUUGGCUGAUCAUUGUGAGGGGGGGAGGUUGAGGAUCCUCGGAUACCGUUUCGAAGUUUGCCGUUUGCCUUAGUAGCGGCCGUGUGGGUGUUGUGUAUCGGUGCUUGGCUUUGGGUAUUUGGGUGUUGGUUGUCGGGAAAUUGCAGGUUCGAUCUCUGGGUUUGCCGGAAUCGGAUCACCAUGCCGUGAAAUCAACAUGGUUCA